GGCUCCCCUCACGGCGGAUAUAAGGGCGCGGGCGGCGGCGCCGCGCUUACUCACUCCGGCAGCGCUGCUGUCAGGCCCCGAGGUCAUUUGAAUUCCAACCCGAGCGACCAUGAGCGCGCUUGACUUGACUUCCAUCCUGGAUUUCCUGGAGACGGCCAACCUGACGGAGAUCAACUGGACGUGCAGCAGCGGCGAGUGCAUCACGGUGGAUGCCACGACAUGCCCUGGCACGCUCAACAAGAGCGCCCUGCUCUACACCCUGUCCUUCUUCUACAUCUUCAUCUUUGUCAUAGGCCUGGUGGCCAACUCGGUGGUGGUGUGGGUCAACCUGCAGGCCAAAAUGACGGGCUAUGAGACCCACCUGUACAUCUUCAACCUGGCCAUCGCCGACCUGUGUGUCGUCAUCACCCUGCCCGUGUGGGUUGUCUCGCUCGUCCAGCACAACCAGUGGCACAUGGGGGAAAUCACGUGCAAGAUAACCCACCUGAUAUUUUCCAUCAACUUGUACAGCAGUAUCUUCUUCCUGGCGUGCAUGAGCGUGGACCGCUACCUCUCGGUCGCCUACUUCACCAACUCCAGCAGCCGCAAGAAGAAGAUCAUCCGCCGCUGCAUCUGCGUCCUGGUGUGGCUCCUGGCCUUCUCCGCCUCCCUCCCGGACACCUAUUACCUCAAGACUGUCUCUUCCAACAGCGAGACCUACUGCAGGCCUGUUUACCCUGAGGAGAGCUUCAAGGAGUGGCUGAUUGGCAUGGAGCUCAUCUCUGUGGUGCUGGGCUUCCUCAUCCCCUUUCCCGUCAUCGCCGUGUUUUAUUUCCUCCUGGCCAAGAGCAUCUCCACCUCCAGCGACCAGGAGCGCAAGAGCAACGGGAAGAUCAUCUUCUCCUACGUGGUGGUGUUCCUGGUGUGCUGGCUGCCCUACCACGUGGCCGUCCUGCUGGACAUCUUCUACAGCCUUCACUUCAUCCCCAUCAGCUGCCAGAUGGAGAACUUCCUCUACGCCACCCUCCACAUCACUCAGUGCUUCUCGCUGGUGCACUGCUGCGUCAACCCCAUCCUGUACAGCUUCAUCAACCGCAACUACAGAUACGAGCUGAUGAAAGCCUUCAUCUUCAAGUACUCUGCCAAAACUGGCCUCACCAAACUCAUCGACGCCUCCAGAGUGUCAGAAGCAGAAUACUCAGCUCUGGAGCAAAAUGCCAAAUGACUGCAAGCCCAGAAAGGAAUUUCCUUGACUCUCUGACCUGAUGUGUUUGGGGGUUUUUUUUUGUGCAUUACGGUUUGUUGUUUAUUUUUAUUUUGUUUUACCCCUUCCUUUCAAUGUGCUUGUUACAAACGCGGCGUGAAUUCCAGCCUACAAAAGAGAGAGGACAAAGUGUAAUUUAAGAGUAGGAUCAGUUGCAAAGUGGAAGUGGUACCAAAAUGAAAGCCUUUUCUCCUCCUAGCCCAGUGUGGAAUCCUCAACAAUGCUAUGCAAGUGGAAAUUAUUUCCUAGCAGACAAAGCCAUUGUGUACCAUAGAUAACAUGGAUAAGCUUCUCCUUCCACGUCUUGAUUCCCUCGUCUCCUUGUGUAUGUUUAUAUAUAUAGUGUGUUGUAUUUAAAAGCUCAAGACUUUAUUUUCUGCCCCUUGGUGUACCUUAUACAAGUGUAUUUGAAAGUUAAAUAUAUUUUUAUCAUGUAUUUGAAGUAUAUUGUUGAUGAGUGUAUCCAGAGUGCUGUAGUCUGAGUGUUAGGUGGCCGUUUGGCUCCAAGGGGAUGCUGAUAAAUAAGAUGGAAAUGAUCUCUUGGGAGCAUCCUCCCUGGCUGGCACACUUUAUGGACCAUGGCUUUAUGUGGUGUCACACCCACAUGCUGGAGCAUGAAAUAUAUGUAGUGUAAUAUAGCUGCCAUCAUGUUAAAAUUAACAGUAUUGUCAGAGCCCUUAACUCCUACACCCCUGCUUCACCAGGCUGUAUCCUCCUGCACAGAGUGAGUGAUCUUACUGCUGAGAGUUGUCUCUAUUUGUAAGUUAUUUUUGUAAAAUAAAGAUCUGAGAAAAAGAAAACAAAACCUGUGCCUACCAGUGGUUUGACUUGCCGGCCUUCUCCUCAGGUUAAAAAAAACAAAGCCAAAAAGGAGGAAUCAAGGCCACCUCAGUCCUUUGGUGCAGGAGCAGACAGGUCAGUCAGAGUUUUCCUGGUGUUUGAUGGCCUGAAAGAACUGAUGGAGGAAUGGGAGAUGGUACUGGAGCAUGGGCCAUAGUGUCUGAGUGGGGCAGGAUCCAGGCACUGUGGGAUGCCUCAAGUGGAGCUCUCAGCCAGCAAAGGAAUCUUGGUGGUGUUCACCUCAGGACAAGUUUGGUAUUCACAGAGCAGCGUCGGCCCUGCACAGAGCCCGGGUGGUGCUGAGUGUUGGGGAGAUCCUGCAGACCUGCUGCUUCAACCACACUGAUAAAGUCUCCAGGCCUCUUCCUUGGGGGGGAAGCUUUUCUCCUGUGUGACACAAUACCCCAGCUGGUGUUUGCACUGAGACCAAAGUGUGGAUCUGGACUCCUCGGAGACUGAAAUGAGGGAAUUUAUCAGCAGAUAGCAGGAUCCAUGCUCUUCCCUGCUGUGGCUUUGUGGCUUGCUGUGCCUGGGGAUCUCCCUGCUCCUCUGACAGCUACAGGUGUCCAUGGGGAUUCAGGUCUUACCUUUUCCAGGAGGUCAAAAUUGCUGUGUUAAGGCUUGGCUGGAAAAAUGAGCACAAAUCAAACAUAAUCCAUGACCUGGAGUGAGUCUUCCUGCUUAACUCUUGGGCUUUCUGGUAAAGCAUCUCCACGUGCCUCAGAGGCAGGCACUGAGCAAAUAAAAAUGCAUCUGCUCCGUGAGAAA